AUGUCACUUUUUCAAACAAAAGUCAGAUUUUUGGGUCAUAAUAUUGAAAAAGGAAAUAUUAUUCCUAUUAAUAGAAGUAUUGAAUUUGCUUCUAAAUUUCCUGAUAAUAUCACUAAUAAAACUCAACUCCAACGAUUUCUUGGAAGUUUAAAUUAUAUUUCACCAUUUUAUAAAGAUUUGGCAAAGGACACAUCUAUUUUAUAUGAUAGACUAAAGAAAAAUCCAAAACCUUGGACUGAUGCUCAUACGCAAGCAGUUCAAAAGAUCAAACGGAAAGUUAAUAAUCUUCCUUGUCUUACUUUAGCCAAUCCUAAUUGGCAAAAAAUUAUAGAAACUGAUGCCUCUGAUAUAGGCUAUGGAGGAAUUCUUAAACAACUUUCUCCCAAUGAUAAACAAGAAUAUUUAGUCGAUUUUACUCAAAAAUGGAAUAAUAGUCAAAAGAAUUAUGCUACUGUAGCAAAAGAAAUUCUUGCUAUAGUUAAGUGUGUUUUAAAAUUCCAAGGACGAGGCCCACACUAUCACCCACCUCUAAUAGAGGAAGGGGGAAAGGACAAAAAGGAACGGGCAGAGGCACUAAGCACAGAAAAAAGGGAUAAUAUGCCUCCAUCAUACUCUGGUGGUCUUGUAACUGAUGAUAAUGAGGAUACUGACUCAUAUGAAGAGAAUAGUUCAUCGAGAGUGAAUAAUUCUCCUUGA